AUGUCCAGAUCUGGACAAACAUGCAAAGGAUGCAGUCCUCACCACUCUACAUUUAAACAAUGUGAAUAUUGUAAAUCUGACUUCAAAUACCGUGUUUGCGGCGGUAUCUGCCCACGCUGUCAAUCUCUUAAAAGCAAGUACGGCGAGCCCCAGCCUUGUUCCAUAUGCAAUUUAAAAACUGCUUUUGGUAGUGCUUUGGUUUGCCAGAGGUGCUUACACUACAGAAACAGAUUCGGUGAGCCACGCCAGUGUCAUUCUUGUGGAGAUACCUGUGCCUUUUUGAAAGAUGAGGCUAGCCGAGAGAAAGUUGAUGGACAGAUUCUUUGUUGGGUGUGUACAUACAAUUUUAAAUUGGCCCGAUCUAGAGAACGCUCUAUUCAUGGAUUCAAUAAACGCCGACAUGAUGAUUAUCAGCUCUCAACUGCGAACCGUUCGAGAUCAAGUCAUAACUCUCUUAAAAAAACUUGUACUGAUGGGUAUGGAACAAGGCAAACUGACACACAGGUGCAUUUACAACAGGCUCUAACUACUCAAGCACUAAGCUUAGAUUCUGUGUACAAUGAACACUUACUUACUAUAAGCCAGUUACAAGAUGAGAUCAAAUCACUCAAACGUCAAUUAACACUUAAAGACUUUGACUUGUUAACUAAAGAUCGUACAAUAGCAGAACUACGCUCUGAAAUGAUUGAAGUAAAAUCAAUGAAUGAGGAUCGUGUCCGAAAAAUAAAAUCAACUGCACAACUUGAACAAGAUCGGUUGCUAGCUACAAUACGCCAGUUACAAAAAGAGAAGGCAAUGGUUAGUCAUAAUACUAAACGUCGUAAAAUUAAUAACAAUCUGUUAAAAAUUACAAACCGACAUUCUUUGUCUUCGACAGCCUUAUUCAAUCCAGAUUCGCCGCUUAGUUUGGGCUCUGCGAAACGAGUUACCAAGCCUUCAGUACUUGAAAGCCAACGUAAAGAACGCGGAGGCGAAGAAACAAUGUCUUACUCAGAUCGAAUAUCGAAAAAUACACUGGACUCAACAAGUUCAGUUAAAAGGCAACUUACACCUGACAGUAUUGGUGUACAGAUUUACGACGAAGACUCAAACUUAGCACCUCAACGUACAGUUACUUCUGGUGUCAAACAAAACAACUCAAGUUCACCAAAUAAUACUCCAAGUAUAUCAUCCGAACCUCCUACAGAUGAAGAAGAAACAUCUCAACCGUAUCAUUAUGAUCUUCAAGAAAUAUCUGGAAAAAACCCUCUUGGGUUGGAUACGCCAUCGGAGUCUGAAAAUGAAACACCCGACUGAGACUCUUCGUAAACUAUCAAUAUUUUGACUCUCCACUUCUGUUUCACAUAAAAAACGUAGGCAAUUACUUUUUUUAUAACACACCACUAGUAAGACUUUUAAUUGUCAAGUGGUCUGUUUUUAUAACGUCAUUGUCACAUUCAUUUUUGCUUAUUGGCUUGAUUCAAUCAUUCACACACUUCUUAUAUGGAAAGUAUGACAGUUCUGUUUGUUUUAUUUAAUUAGUUUAGGAGGGAGUUAAAUUUCACUCCCUCUAAAUAUAAUGUCAUAUACUUGUAUAUUCAAUUAAAUGUAUCAUGUUGUUUCUACGUUCUACAAACAAUUCAGAAUAACUAAUUGUUUGUAUAUUAUCUAAAAACAAGUCAACUCACAAUAAAUAUAUCAUUUGCAGAUUUAAAACUAGUCCUUUUGAUAGUUUUGAUGAUAUUCAUGUUCGCGUUACGCCAUUGAAUGCGCAUAUCGGUUAUGAUUUCCCUUGAAAAUUCGUCAAUCCGCAAAUGCACUUGUCACUGAUUCUCACUAGCAAUCAACCCUGAAGAGUUUCACUAGUCAGCACAUAAUUAUCAGUAUAGGGUUGUGGAGCCUGUUCAGUUCACAUUGAUAUCAUCAACGGUGGAUGAAUGUUAGAGCUGGAAGUAGUGAACUGCCGUUUGGUCGUAGUAUGGGACUGGUGAGCAGUAGGUAUGGACGAUGCCACACGUGCGACUGGAACGCACCUUAGGUCUCACGUGUCCAGUCUUACUUAUUGUCUGUUUUUCGUGUGUAAAAUAAAUCACACGUAAAUAUAUUGAAUGGGCUUUCUAA